GGAAGUCUGGAGGAGUAGGGCUCGGUGCUUUGUGAAUUGGGAGGUUUUACAGAUUUUCCUUCUCGUUCGGUUCGUCUAAUUGCUGAACAGUCAGUCUCCUCUCCAGCAACAAAAAUGGCGCCGCCUCCUGGACCAUAUUCUGGAACCAGCACCCUCGCCUUGGUGGCUCGUGUUUCCGCAUUCUCCUUUGGACUCGUAUACGGAAGCGUUAAGCUCAAGUACCUCAAGGCAAAGGCUAAAUCUGAACAAAAGGCUGCGGCAAAGGAUCAUCACUGAAGGAGAUGUGUUCUACCAGAAGUUGUGAAUGAAGAAUGAGGUGGUUUUCAGAUAUAAAUAAUACGUAAGGGUGGACUGUACCAAUAUUUCUCUUAAAGCUUUUGUGGAUCAUGAAAUCUUUGCUUAAAGCUCCAGGUUUUUUUUUUUUUGACUGAGAAUUAUGAAUUCAGUACUUAGGAUGCUUAGAUUUCCUCUUCAUAGCGAUGAUUUUGAGGGUAAUGUUCCCUUGAUUAAUAAGAUGCUUAUCUUUUUCAGUCUUCAA